AUGCACGGCUUGCGCAGACAGGGAAGAGAAAGAGAACAGCUGCGUCCGAAAAGGUUCGCAGGUAAGGAAGGAAAUGUGCAGUAUGGCAAUUUAUCUACUGACAGAGAAUUAUUAGUCGUGCUUAGCAUUCUCAAGAAGCAGCGUGGCGAAAAAGCUGUCGCGCUUCACCGCCAUCCGUUCCAUUUACGCUUGACACGCUUGCUAGAAGCCGACGCUACCCUCCUCGUCGGCGUGGCCGUCCCGCUGUACCUACAGGGUUGCACACACAUAAUCAGUGAGAUCAGGAUCAAGACUGGUCUCGGUAAAGUAUGCAGCACUUACACCCAAGGGUUGACGACCAAGCACAAGAAGACGCGAGACCAUCGUGCCUGCGAACCACACGCGGAUCCGUGA